UCCGCCGAUUUGUAUAAAAUGGCGUCAACCGAGUUUUUAGAACAAGCUUUGUCUACAGACGUUGACGAGAACGCGGUGAACGCCAUCGUUGGCUCACUUGAAAACCAAUUAGUUACGUCCGUUCCGUCCGCCUCUUUGCAUAAUAAUAUAGUGAAUGUGAUUCCAAGUCAGCUUUCUAACAUAACGUCUAGUGCAAGUUCUAUUAUUGGUGUACAAAAAUAUAACACGGACCAAAGUAAUAAUGGAGGAAUCGUAACUGGCCUUCACUCACCUGCUACAAACAACAAUGCAUCCUUUAGUAAUGUUCUAGCGUCCGCGCCGUCCACUUUUGUGUCUCAAGCGCUUACUGGAGCUGUGUCAAAUUCUGGAGAGCCGCUAAAAGUUCUCUAUUCCCAAUCUCAGAACUUGCCCAACUCUAAUAAUCGUGUUACUUUUCCCACCCAGACGUUGACGACCGGGUGUAUUGGAUUGGCGGCGUCGCAAAAUCAAAUUAUUCAUACAGUGCCUGGUAACACUAUCAUCCCUCAGUCUGUAAACAAAACAAUCACCAUGCAGAAUCCAUUGGUGAUAAAACAAGGCACGUCGGCGGGCCAAGUUGGAAUGCAACCUGGCAUGGUCACAGUACCAAUGUCGGUGAAUUCGAGCCUGCCAGCAUCUCUACCUAAUGUGAUGACAUUGAACAAGCCAGGAGGACAAAACGUCGUGGUCACUACACAAAACCUGGGCACUGCACAAUCUGCGAUCAUUCCCAAUGUUCAGAUAUUAAACAUGAGGGCAGGGGCCCCCACAGUGGCUGCACAGAAGUCAGUGGCCACUGUAUCGCCUCGGGUCGUCAUUGGUGCUCCACAAGUUGUUGGAGCCAGAGCUGCUGCCCCUGGGAUAACGCUGCAAACUCUACAAAGUCUUCAACCAGGGCAGCAGGGUCAUUUGUUGUUAAAGACUGAAAAUGGUCAAUACCAGUUGCUGAGGGUGGGUCCCGCGCCCGCGGCCAACACUCUUACGGCGCCGCAGGCUCAGACCAUUCGGCUCUCGACCGUGCCAGCACACCCGGGCGUAGCGACGGUGUCGACAAGCGUGCCGGCGCCCGGCCAGAUGGCGGGUCAGAUGCCCGCGGCGCCCGUGGCCGCGCCUGUGGUCGCUCCGUCGCCCACAGUGGUGGCGCCCGCGACGCCGCCCCCUCAGCCGCCCACCGUCACCACACAAAAACCAUCGGACAAUACUAAGGAGAAGUGCAGGAACUUCCUAGCUAACCUGUUAGAUCUAUCUAGUAAAGAGCCAAAGUCAGUGGAACAAAAUGUAAGGAAUCUCAUUCAAGAGUUAAUAGACGCUCAAGUGGAACCAGAGGAAUUUUGCAACCGCUUAGAACGGCUUUUGAACGCAAGCCCGCAACCCUGCCUCAUUGGCUUCCUAAAGAGGAGUCUGCCACUACUAAGGCAGUCCCUUGUCACAAAGGAGCUAGUGAUCGAAGGAAUCAAUCCUCCUGCACCGCACGUGGCUUUCUCGAACAUUCCAGCGCCCACGCAGCAGGUAAUCGCCACGUCGAACGUGCAAUUGCCGAGCGAGGAGGACGGCUCGAGCCCGACGCUCACGCCGCUCCUGCCGCCGGUGCUCCCGGUAACGCUCACGCCCUCGCUAGGGUCCACCUCAAAGCCUAUUAACGUGGUGGCGGCGCAGGCGGCCGCCGCGCAGCAGAAGCCGAAAUCGAGCAGCGGUAUAGCGGUGCUGCAAAAUGUGCCUUUCCACCCUAAGAUCAAUUUGGGCAAAGUUAGCGGCAACAAAUCCAUGACGGUGAACAGCAAAGCGAACUUCCCGCGGCCCGCGGUCGCAGCGCUGUCCACCGUGCUCACGCCGGGCAAAUCGCUCCUUAAAGAUAAAGAGAAGAAGUCUAUGCAGUACGCGUCGCAGCCGUUUGUCGACGACAAGAUGGCCGGCGAUGAUGAUAUCAAUGAUGUCGCCGCCAUGGGAGGCGUCAACUUGGCGGAGGAGAGUCAAAGAAUAUUGGGCUCCACUGAGCUCAUUGGUACGCAGAUCAGAUCAUGCAAAGACGAGUACUUGGUCCCGAUGAGCCUGAUGCAAGCGCGUGUGAAGGCGGCGACCACGCGGCACGGUCUCGAGGAGCCGUCCCCGGAGGUGGCGGGCCUCGUCAGCCACGCCGUCCACGAACGACUCAAGAACGUCGUCGAGAAGCUAGCCGUCGUAGCGCAGCAUCGGAUAGACCUCAUCAUAAAGACUGACUCGCGUUAUGAGGUGACACAAGAUAUAAAGGGGCAACUCAAAUUCCUUGAGGAGUUGGAUCGCGUGGACAAGAAGCGGCGCGAGGACUCGGAGCGGGAGAUAUUGCUGCGGGCGGCCAAGUCCCGUUCCAAGAACGAGGACCCCGAGCAAGCUAAACUGAAGGCGAAGGCCAAAGAGAUGCAGCGCGCCGAGUUGGAGGAGAUGAGACAGCGCGAAGCGAAUCUCACGGCCCUGCAGGCCAUCGGGCCGCGCAAAAAGCCCCGCCUAGAAGGGCCCAGCGGUGCUGGUGACACGGCGUCCAGUAGCGCUGGCCACUCGGCGGGCGGAUUUGCUGGCCGCAGCCACCUGGCCCUCAGGACGCGACUAAAGCGAAUCAACCAUCGCGACAUGGUGUUCCUCAUGGAACAAGAGCAGGAGACUGCUCACUCGGCGAUGCUGUACCGCAGCUACCUCAAGUGACCUUCCGCGUGGUCAACAAGCAACGCUGCGCAACCAAAAGUAACACUACUUUUGAACUACAAUAUUUUGUCACUUGUUUCUAUGAAUCUACUACUACUACUACAUAUAUAUAACCAAUAUGUACGAUAUAAUAAGUACAUACAUAAAACUCGCGUGCGUGUAUAUCGUUUGAUAAAAUGAUAUAUGUAACGGUGCGUGCUUAUAAAUAGUAGGCAUGCAUUUAAUAGGAAGGAAGUCGCUUAUGUUAUCUUAACUUAUUUUGUUAUUUAGUCUUAGAUUUUUUUUUUAACUUACAUAGUUGUAUGGCUGGAUACUUUCAUUAUUCACGCCAACGUUUAUGCAUUGUCAUAAUAAUGUUGUAAACCAUUCACGACGAUCACAAUCGAUAAACUUCUGAAAAGUUUAGUUGUAUAUUAUAUUUACUUACUGCACUUUUUCCUAGACACAGUCUAGAUUUUUAGUUUUUUUAUUUUUUAUUAUUAUUUGCCUGCAAAAGUGAAAACAGGCACGCUUUUACUGGAACAGUAGGUAGUUUGAGUGUAUUAAAUGUGUUAGCGUUGAGCCUCAUACAAUUUAAGCUUUAAAUAUAUUUUUUAAGAAUUCUAAAUGGUUUUUGUUAUUUGAAUAGUAUUCAGUUUUAACUAUAUACAUUAUGUCAGAGAGUCGAGCAGCAUCACUAGCUAGCACGCGACUCGUACAAGGUGAACUCAAAGCUUAUAGAGAACUGGAUCAUUAUAUCAGCUGUCAGCACCUGUUCACUGCUCAACACAGACCUACCCGAUUGGGAGGUCUUGCCGGUAGUUGACACGCUACACGCUUACCAGACUGGUUGGCAACCGCAGUUAAGCCCUGAUGAUGUGUUCAGAGAGACGUAGCUGCUCAUCCUUCGAUCAUUGAGUUCCCUUAGUCACCUCUUACGACCUUCAAGGGAAAGGACAGGGUGGCUCAUUCUAUUCUGGGACCAAACGGCGAAAAUAAUUGCAUUAAAUCUUUCUAUUUACUCUCUUCAAUACUUCGCUAGGGUUGUCACAUUUUAUUGGAACUAAUAUUGUGUAUUCCUGUUUCCUCAUUUUUGGACUCCACUCAACUCGACUAAUUCAGUGGAGUGUCGAGUCUAGUCGCGUUAAGCAGCUCAGAAUAGUACCAGGCAUGUAAAUACUAUUUACUUGCAACGCGCUGUAUAAGUCCCAAUAGUGUAUAUAAAAUAUUUUAUAGUUUGUCUAAGUUAGAUUAAAUUGUGUUAAAUUUGGCUGAAUUGGGCUGUUUUUUUUUUAAUGGGUUAUAAUGUUAUGGUAACCCCAUCUGCGUUAUUGGUAUACACUGGCGGGGCACCAGUGAGGGAUGACAGAUGAAGAUGAAAGUAGGUCAGUUAGCCCAUCCUGACGAAUUAAACUAGAAUUAGUCACGAUGGUUUCUAGGGGGAACCACGUGGAGGUCGACCUGACAGGGCAUAUUGCUAGUAAUAGGGCUAUUUGACCCAAUUACUAACAAUCCCUUUCCCCCCAUUGGGCUAAGUUUGAUCACUUAAAUCGAGCUUGGUAUAAUUAGGCUAAUUUUGUUUCAAAUUGGCCAAAUUUAGUACAAUUUGAUCAUUUAAAUUGAGUCUCAUGUAGUUUUACCACUUUGUUCCAAUAUGGUCGGUCAAAUACGUCCAAGUUUGGUCAAACUUUUGUACAGUUAUACAAACGAGUAAAUUAAUGUUUUAUAACAAUAGAUUUUUUUGUUUUCAUACAUUUAUAUGUGGAGGUGUAGGCGCGCGCGCUAGUCGCUCAGGCGCCUCACUCCUCCGGCGGAAUCCUCCGCGCUGCCGCUUCAAUACGACGUGAUUAAAAUUAAAGUGGCUAAGUUUCAUUUUAAUCUUACCGUAUUGAAGUUGUAUGAAAAUAAAUGUGACAAUAACUCGACAAAGCUCGGCCAAACUUGCUUACUAACACACUCCAAAACGUACUCCAAAUUUUAAAAUAUUGGCACCCACCAUUUUUUUUUUGAAACCCCAAAAUUAUACGUUUUAUAAAUCGGAAAACCUAAAAAACGAUACCCAGAAUAAAACGUAAUUACUCUAUUUAUAUAAUGUAUAAUGUAUAAUGUGAUAUAAAAAUUGAACUCGUUGGUUAAAAAUGUACAAAACAUCAAAGACCCAUUUUACAAUUCAAAAGCAUUGGAUUGUACCAACCCUACCGAACGAAUGUAUGGAAGUUGAAACCCCCCCCCCCCCCCCGCGCGCAAGACGAGAAUAUUUGUUUAUACUGUACAAGUUCGCCGCGUGCUCCUGGAAUACAAUGGGCCAUCCCCAUCCGUGCUAUGGGUGUUGUAACAGGCAACUAACAGAACGCUCGACGGAUGGCCAACAAUGUCCCUCUAAAAACAUGACCAAAGCCUAACUACGGUUGACAACCCGCCUAACAAGCUUGGCAACUGUGGCGACACCCCCCAAGGAGGAGGCCUAUGUAAUACUAUACUAUACAAGUAGUAGCGACCAUCAAAUAAUUAAUAAUUGUUAAAUUGUUGGAUAUCUUUUUGUUAUUAACGCACCGAACUGCUCAACCUUUGUUAAUACACGUAGUUAUAAUUUCCAUGUGUAUUUGUAAAAACUAUCAAUUCACCUAUUGUUUCCAAUUAGCGCAUCAUUUUGUUUAUUUCAGUAGAGAAUAAAACAGUCAAAUUGUUUGAUUUAAGAAUAGCGCUCAUGUGUAGUGCGCAGGAUAUUUGUAAAUAUUAUGCAUGUAUAUAGUAUGCAUAGUUUAGGCUUAUUUAAGAUGUCAACGACAUAUGUGUUAGCAUUAAUAACAUGAAAUCGUUGAAUUUUAUGUUGUCGAAGAUUGAACCAAAGUGAUUGUGCAUUGGUGUCUGUACACUGGAACGCUACUCGAUGGAAGAGAUUACAUUCCUAUACAAGUAAUUUGUUUAUAUUAUUUGCGUUGGAAUAUAUUUUAUUGUCACGUGUAAAUUUUUACUUAGGCUUACAGGAAGCGGAAUAUUUAUUUUAAAAACUUUAGUUGUAUAUUUAAGUAUUAGUUAUUAGUGAGAACAAAUGGGAGGAGGGUUGAGAUCUGUCCUGAAGGGCAGGCCUUUCAAUUGCAUGGUGCUAGGAACAUGUACUAGGAACAACGGCUCGAUUGUACUGCCAAUACUGAACAAACUAUUUGCAGUGCAUUGUAAUAAACACCAUAUUAUUUAUUAUUUUUUUAAUUUGGUGUAAAAAAUUAGAUUUAGUUGUUAAUGCAUUAAAAUAAUUCCCAAAAAUUAUGCAUUGUAAAGCAGUUACUACUGAAGUAACAACAAGGCGUCAGGUCCGAUAAUUUUUUAUUUACCUAAUUGUAAAUCCUUUUUUUUUUUUUGUAGGCGUUUAAAUACCGUUAAUUUUAUUUUUAAAAUAUGUAAAUUCUCACUUUUAGUUCUUUAAGUACCGUUAGUUUUAUUUUUGAGAUAUUUGUAAAUUUUUGUUUUCAGUACUUGAAGUACCUACUAUUAUUUUUCUUUCACGUGUAACUAAAAAUCGGUCAUUCUCACGGUAGAACCGAUUCUCUUUAGAGUAUAUUUAUUAAUAUUUUUUUGUUUUUUUAUAAAUAUGUGGGCUAAUUUGUACUUCUUAUUAUGUUUUAGGUAGUAUCUGUAAACAUUAGCAUGUAUAUCGGAAUAGACAUCACAACGCCGCAAGUGCGAAUUACAAUUCAUAGUAACAUAGUCUAGUCUUUAUAAAUUUAUAACUCAUAUUACUUGUUUAGUUACUUAUAGCUUUUAUUUUACAAUAAGCAUACAUGCUACGAUGUUCAUAUUGAUCAAGUAGUGUUAUUACAAACCCAUAACAAGUAUAUCGCCACCAUGGAAACUCGGUAUCUUUACUGGUAUUUGUGCGGCUGCAGCUGUACUUGGUGGCCGUAUCGAAGGCAAUAGUAGUGAUCGCAGCCGCCGGUUACCACGUGGCGUGGGUAGCGGGCGGGCCGACGGCUCGGUUGCCAUUCCAAAUUGCCUAGAAAGUGCACUAUAUGUGUACAUAUAUUGUGCGUUCAUAUCAAGUUUCAUACCUGCCAUGAUACAUCUAUGAAAUAUAUUGUUUUGUUUGUAAGUUUUUAAUAAAUAACAUGUUUUGCGACAUGUAUUGUUGUAGAAGCCAGUGUUAUGAGUUUGUAAUGAAGCCCGCACGCAACUUGUAUGUAAUCGGCCGCCUUUUGUUUAUAUCACCAGUGACCGUAAUAUACAAGUGCUCCAUUUUAUUAUUAUUUAUUGGUUUUGUAUACAAUGUACAUAAAAACAAAUCUCUAUUUACUGUAUUAUGUCGAAACAUAAUACAGUAAUUAAACAUUUGUUUUCAAUUCGAAUUGUAUAUCAUAUCCAAGGAGUGUAUGUAAUACAGUAGCGCAGUAAGAGUACUCGAGUGGAAUUAGACAUACUCUGUGCAGAUAAAAACUGCAUAAAAAUGUAUUAAUUAUGUUUAAGCUUAUUAAAAACUUCACGGAGUGAGUUUGGUAAAUUGUAAAAAUAGUGUAAGGUUCGUUUUGUAUAUUUAACUUUGUAAUUGGCUGAUGUCUUAGUUCAACAAGUGUUUGUUGUUAUAAUGUACAUACUUACGUACAUAUGUCAAAACUAAAAUGUGUGUAAAUGGAAAUGUUCACCACCAAUACAUGUUCAUGUUACUUUAUAACAUUUUCAUUUAAAUUUGAGCAAGUCGACAACGUCUAUAGUAACUUGCAGUGUAACGAUAUACAUCACACUAGUUCAACAUAUGUAAACAGUUAUUGCCAGUAAUUUGUUAAUGAAACAUUAAGUAAGAAAA